AUGUGGGUGGAGUGGAGACCGGUGGUGGGAAUGUUGGCCUUCGAUCUCAUCACGGCUGUGAUGACCGCGCUGGUGAAGAAGGCGCUGGAGCGGGGGCUGGACCGCCUGGUUCUCGUCACGCUAAGGCAGCUGGUCGCCACCAUCUUCCUUGCUCCCAUAGCCUAUUUCAAAGAACGGAGCACGAGGCCCAAGCUCACACUGGAGAUUCUGGCAUACUUAUUCUUCAGUGCCGUGUUCGGCGCCGCGCUCUCGCAGUACACCUUCUUCUACGGGCUGCAGUACACCACUGCCACAUUUGCCAUAACCUUCAUCAACCUCUCUCCUGUGCUCACCUUCCUCAUCGCUGUCGUGCUGAGGAUGGAGCCACUGAAGGUGAAAAGCAUGGCAGGGGCUGCAAAGAUCACCGGGACGCUGAUGUCGCUCGCCGGCCUGCUUCUGCUGACUCUGUACAAGGGCGUGCCACUGACGCACCAGGCCGCCACUGCACUGAGCCCGGCUGCUCACAACACUGAUGGCGGUGGCAACAGGAGCUGGAUGCUAGGCACCAUGGCGCUACUGGCCAACUGCAUGUUCUUCUCCUUCUGGCUUCUGCUGCAGACCAGGCUGACCAAGAAGUACCCGGCCAUCUACUCCAGCACCGCCCUCAUGUUCUUCAUUAGCACGCUUCAGGGAGGGGUUCUCACGGUGGCCGUUGAGCGGCGCGCCUCGUUGUGGAUGCUCACCGACAAGCUGGAGAUCAUCACCGUCUUGUAUGCAGGGAUCAUUGGGUCUGGAGCCGGAUACCUGAUAAUGACGUGGUGCGUGGAGAAGAAGGGCCCGGUCUUCACUGCAGCCUUCAUCCCCAUCAUCCAGAUCAUGGUGGCCACCAUCGAUUUCUUCUUCCUCCAUGAGCAAAUCUACCUUGGAAGCGUGUUAGGGUCUGUGCUGAUGGUACUGGGACUCUACCUUGUGCUGUGGGGAAAGAAGAGGGAUGAAGAAUCCUCUGUAUCUUGUGCUACUAACAAGCAACUGGAUGAAGAGGCUGACAAUGUACAAGCAGUGAAACUGUAAAAAUCACGCGCUAUUGGUACUGCAACACAUAACAUAUAGUUCUUCUCAUAUUCUAGCUGGAUGCAGCUAGCUAUAUAUGUAGAAUUUAGUAAGUGAGCAGAGAGCUCAUUUGGCAUAUG